AUUUCCCCAGCAGGAGAGCUGACCUGGCUUCCAGUCUUCCAGGGGCAAGAAGCUACUUCUUUGCCGAUGGAUGUUUCACUUGCCUUGUCCGUGGCAAUCUCGCUGUUGUUGUUCCUGAACCCUCCAGGUGUCCCUGGAGAUGGGAGAGUUUGCACGGCGUUCCCCUUGUCCCGGAACCAGAGCCUGGGUCCCAGGAACGGCACAGUGAGGUGUAAACCCACGGACUACUGCUAUGGGAUCUGGAUCCUACAUCCCAACGGAGAGUUGUAUCCCGACAGGCAAGGAUGCUGGCCGCCCCGGAACGUUCUCUCCUGCACCCCGCGGUGCACAGACCGAUCCCACAGGUCUCACCACUUCACCUCCUGCUGCUGCAGCACUGACCUGUGUAACAGUGACCCCCCUCCUCGUGUCUCGGGGGGUGGGCAGGUCCCCUCCCACGGUCUGUCGACUGCAAUCAUCUGUCUCCUGGUGAUCCUGAUCAUUUUGUCGACUCUGGGGCUGAUGCUGAUGUAUCCUCGAGUACGGACUGCCCUCGCCACCCUCUCCACCUCUCGCUGCUCGAUUCCUCCUGUGGCUCUGGGAUGUCCGCAGACCGUCGAACUACUCGAGGUGAUUGGACGCGGCAGGCACGGAGUUGUCUGGAAGGGGCUUCAGGCCCAGCGGCCGGUGGCGGUCAAGCUGUUCCCGGCCGCCCACCGGGAACACUUCCACAGCGAGAGCAGCUUUCACCGCCUGGAGUCCGUGGACCACGAGAACAUCGUCAAGUUCAUUGGGGCCGGAGAGAGCAGGCUCGGCGGGAGUGUGGAUUACCUGCUCGUCACUGAGUAUUGUCCUGGGGGGUCGCUGUCCAGUUACCUGACCCAGCACCAGAGCGACUGGAGGGGAAGCCUCAGGAUGGCUCAGUCCGUCUCGGCGGGGGUGAGCUUCCUGCACACUGAGACCUGGUCCAGAGGUGUUCACAAGCCUGUCGUUGUCCAUCGGGAUCUGAGCAGUGAUAACGUCCUGGUUAAGGAGGAUGGGGCUUGCGUGAUCAGUGAUUUCGGUCUGGCCACAGUGAUGAGCAGUGACAAAGUGGUCACCACCAAAGGAUCACCUAUCUACAUGGUGGGGACCUACCGGUACAUGGCUCCUGAGCUUCUGGAUGGUUCCAUCAACCUCGGGGACUACGUCACCACCCUGAAACAGGCAGACGUCUACUCCCUCGGAUUGAUCCUUUGGGAGAUUUUUACCAGGUGCACCAAUCUCUUCGCCGGCAGUCCCGUUCCGGAAUUUCAAGCUGUGUUCCAGGCAGAGAUCGGAAGCGAUCCAACCUUUGAGGAAAUGGUCACUGCCGUGGCCAGGGCUCGGAUUAGACCGAGGUUCCCACCAAGCUGGGCAGUGGCCAACGCGAGUCUGCCCGAGACCAUCAGCGACUGUUGGGACCAAGACCCAGACGCCCGGUUGUCCGCACAGUGCCUGGCUCAUCGACUGGGGGACCUGUCGGCACUCUCACCCUAAGGCAGGGUGUCUGUGCAGGGUGGGGGACACCCCCCUCACCUCCCGCACACGGACACUGACCCUCCCUCACCUCCCGCACACGGACACUGACCAUCCCUCACCUCCCGCA